UGGCUUCCUGCUUUUAUGUUUCUGAUGCGAGUAUGGUCGCCGUGCCAGACCAGUGAUAUCAAUACUACCUCACUGUAACAGUUUGUCGGCACAAUUAAUGCCUCCUCGAUACGAAUAGUCAUAGCCUACAUAUGCUAUAAAUACUUGAAACGUCGGAGUGGACUGCUUGCAAUAACCUGAGUGUCUACAGUUUGACUGGGUUCCCACUGCUCUGGGAGCAUAUCUGAUGGGGUUUGGGGAGGACCUGUGGUGUCCCCAGGCCAACGCGGCCCUGAUGCGGCUACAGGACUCGGAGCUGCGUCUGAUGGAGGUGAUGAAGAAGUGGAUGAGCCAGCGGUCCAAGAGCGACCGGGAGUUCUCUGUUCAGCUGCACCAGAUGGCUGCCAUGGUUGAGAAACUGGAGGGGCCCCAGCCUGGGGGAGGACCGGACUACAUCAGCCAGCUCAGUCAGUCGUGGAGUGUGCUGGUGGCUCAGACGGAGAGUUUGAGUCGUGUGAUGCGGCGGCAGUCUGAGGACCUGCAGGUUGGGCCUCUCAGCAAACUGACCCUGCUGAUCAGAGACAAGCAGCAGCUCAGGAAGACCUACGCAGAGCAGUGGAGCCAGCUCAGCCAGGAGCUCAGCAGGGUGACCCAGACGGAGCUGGAGAGGCUGAAGGCCAGCUAUAGACAGCUGGUGAGGGAUGCAGCGCAGGCAAAGAGGAAGUACCAGGAGGCCAGUAAAGAUAAAGAACGUGAGCGUGCGAGGGAGCGCUAUGUGAAGGCUACUCUGAGGCUCCAUGAGCUUCAUAAUGAGUAUGUGCUGUCAGUCAGAGCAGCCCAGGUGUACCAUCAGCACCACUACAGCCAGGCCCAACCUGCCCUGCUCAUGGCACUACAGAGCCUACAGCAGGAGAUGGUACUCGUACUGAAGGAGAUCCUGCAGGAGUACUAUGACAUAUCCAGUAUGCUCCAACAGGAGGUGGUAUCUGUCCACGAGGAGAUGUCUGCUGCUUUGAUGGCCAUAGAGCCACACAGAGAGUAUGAGAGCUUCAUCCAACAGAACAGGUCUGUAGGGGAGGUUCCGGUGUGUGUAGAGUUUGACUCUGGUCUUCUGGAGAACACAGAUCGACUAAAGACUGGAGAGCUGGAACUAAAUGAGCUUACAGUGGAGGGGAUCCAGCACAGGUUGACUGCAGUGGAAGAGGAACUGCUGUCUCUGGCUGGUAAUGUGGUUUCCCAACAGGCCUCAGUCAACCAGCUGGAGUUGGAGCUGGAGGCAGAGGAAGAGGGCAUCAAACGGGGUCAGAGGGUUUACCAGUUCAGUAAGAGGCAUGCGCUGGAGGAGAGCCGACAGCAGGUGAUGCUGUCCCUGGGAGCUAGAACCAGGCUGGAGGCCCAGAGGUUGCUGCUGAAGGGGAAGCUGGAAUGGCUGGGAUCCAGUGAACCCCCACCUGCCCUGGGGCUGGAAGAGGACCGUAUCUCCCUCUCCUCCAUCACCUCUAGUGAGAGGGACGGCCUCAGAAACCUCAGUGUGGACGGCAUCAUAAGCCAUUUUAGCGGCCUGUUCAAACCCAAAUACACGGUGCCCCCUGCCCUGUCCCCAGUCCCAGAGGUAGAGCGCCCCCUGGAGCAGCAGAACUGGUACCACGGAGUCAUCCCCAGGCUGGAAGUCCAGGAGCUGCUGAGGUGUGAUGGAGACUUCCUGGUCAGACAGAGUCAGGGCAAACAGGAGUAUGUCCUCUCUGUCCACUGGGCUGGCUCUUGCAGGCACUUCCUUAUCCAGAGCACAGAUAAUAUGUACCGCCUGGAUGGAGAGGGAUUCCACACCGUUCCCAUGCUGAUGAACCACCUGGUCUCGUCACACCAACAUGUCACCAAGAGGUCUGACAUUGUCCUGAAGAGACCUGUCCUAAAGGACAAGUGGGUUCUGGAACACGAUGAUGUCAUCCUGGGGCAGAGCAUUGGCCGGGGUAACUUUGGGGAGGUGUACAGUGGUCGUCUGCUUUCUGACAACACCCCUGUAGCUGUGAAAGCCUGCAGAGAGAACCUGGCCCCAGAACACAAGAACAGGUUCCUUAUGGAGGCCAGGAUCCUGAAGCAGUAUGACCAUCCUAACAUAGUGAAGCUGAUUGGUGUCUGCACACAGAAACAACCCAUCUAUAUCAUUAUGGAGCUGGUACAAGGGGGAGACUUCCUGUCCUUCCUGCGCAGUGAAGGUCACAACCUGAAGUCAAAUAUGCUGGUGAAAAUGGCAGAGAAUGUGGCAUCUGGCAUGGAGUAUCUGGAGAGCAAGAAAUGCAUCCACCGGGACCUAGCAGCCCGUAACUGUCUGGUGGGAGAACAGAGCAGGGUGAAGAUCAGUGACUUUGGGAUGUCUCGCGAGCAGCAGGACGGGGUCUACUCUGCCGCGGGGGGCCUCAAACAGAUCCCUGUCAAAUGGACGGCCCCCGAAGCCCUCAACUACGGGAGGUACACCACGGAGAGUGACGUGUGGAGUUUUGGAGUUCUCCUAUGGGAGAUAUUCUCCAGGGGAGUCACCCCUUACACCAGCAUGUCCAACCAGCAGACACGGGACGAGGUGGAGAAAGGAUACCGGAUGCUAGCCCCAAACUCCUGUCCUCCAGAUGUGUAUGCCAUUAUGUGUCGCUGCUGGCAGUACGACACCAGGAACCGGCCGUCCUUCAGCAAACUCAGGACCGAACUCAGUGCUUUAUACCACAAAGUGUCCUUACUCAAGUGACUUGUUUGAUUCUCUUUUACCUUUUUAUAUGGAGCAAAUGUUGCCUUUAUUUAAUAUACAUUGAUUAUAGAGAACCAGUUGCUAUGUGAUCUUGAUUUUACCAUAUUUAAGUAGUGAUAAUGCGCCAGGCUGUGAGACCACAGGUAAUGUAAAUACACAGGACAUGUAAAUACACAGGACAUGUGUGUAUUGAAAACAUUGGUACCAUAUUCUACAAAGUAGAAUAUUCUAUAUCUGUUGAAUGUUGCUAUUGUUUGCUGUAUUACAUUACUGUAAAUGUACAAAUUGAAUGUUCCUAUUAUAUCAGCUUUAAAGAGUUGAUGGGAUCUUUUUCUCUCUUGUCUUUUUUAAUAUACACUGAACAAAAAUUUGAACGCAAUAUGUAAAGUGUUGGUCUCAUUUUUUAUGAGCUGAAAUAAAAGAUCCCAGAAUUUGUCCAUAA